UCUCAGUCAGACAUUCCUCUUGAUAACUCAGAGGAGCUGCUCCAACUCUGAAGACUAUUGUUUUGUGACAUGUAAUGCAGAGAACAGUAAGCUGUCCUAGCAUUGAUUGACAGUGCUCUGUCUGGACUGUAACACUCCGUCUAGAGGUGUCUGCUGAAAAACCUUGCGAAGUGAAAGGGACGUUCAUCCUGCGAGCUCCAUUUAUGUGGAUGUGCUUUUUCUGUAAUUGCAACUUCAGGAAGGUAUUUUAAACUCUUUGGUCUUUCUGACACUUUCUGUUGACUUGAGGAGAUCUUUGCCUGUCUCUGUUCAGGCAUGACGGGUCAGGAGAGGAGUGAGAAGAGUGAGUGUGUGUCCCUGUCUCCGAUGAGGGAGGCUGUCCCUGCCCCACUUGAGUAUGAGAGGGUGUGUGUGUUUGGGACGGGGGACAUGGGGCGCUCUCUGGGCCUGCGUCUGCUGCAGGCGGGGUACGGGGUGGUGUUCGGCAGCCGACGGCCCCACAGCAGCAGCCUCCUACCACACAGAGCACAGGUACAAAAUAAAGUAGAUCUGGUUUCAUGUGGUAAUAUGUUAAAUGUGGAUAUGUGUUUUUACUGUGUUGUAAAUGUAUUUGAAUAUAUUUGUUUAUGUUUGAAGGAGUAUAUGUGAAUAUACUGUAUGUGUGUUUAUGUGUGUAUCAAUAUGUUGAUGAUGUAUAUGCAGGUCCUGGGCCAUGCUGCAGCUGCCCAGUCAGCCCAUCUGAUCUUCAUCGCUGUCCAGAGAGAACACUACGACUUCCUCGUACCACUGGCCAAUCAGCUAAAGGGGAAGGUAGCAUAUAUAUUUUAUUACUUCUGCUAUACAGUGAGGGAAAAAAGUAUUUGAUCCCCUGCUGAUUUUCUACGUUUGCCCACUGACAAAGACAUGAUCAGUCUAUAAUUUGAAUGGUAGGUUUAUUUGUACAGUGAGAGACAGAAUAACAACAAAAAAAUCCAGAAAAACGCAUGUCAAAAUUGUUAUCAAUUGAUUUGCAUUUUAAUGAGGGAAAUAAGUAUUUGACCCCUCUGCAAAACAUGACUUAGUACUUGGUGGCAAAACCCUUGUUGGCAAUCACAGAGGUCAGACGUUUCUUGUAGUUGGCCACCAGGUUUGCACACAUCUCAGGAGGGAUUUUGUCCCACUCCUCUUUGCAGAUCUUCUCCAAGUCAUUAAGGUUUCGAGGCUGACGUUUGGCAACUCGAAUCUUCAGCUCCCUCCACAGAUUUUCUAUGGGAUUAAGGUCUGGAGACUGGCUAGGCCACUCCAGGACCUUAAUGUGCUUCUUCUUGAGACACUCCUUUGUUGCCUUGGCCGUGUGUUUUGGGUCAUUGUCAUGCUGGAACACCCAUCCACGACCCAUUUUCAAUGCCCUGGCUGAGCGAAGGAGGUUCUCACCCAAGAUUUCACGGUACAUGGCCCCGUCCAUCGUCCCUUUGAUGUGGUGAAGUUGUCCUGUCCCCUUAGCAGAAAAACACCCCCAAAGCAUAAUGUUUCCACCUCCAUGUUUGACGGUGGGGAUGGUGUUCUUGGGGUCAUAGGCAGCAUUCCUCCUCCUCCAAACACGGCGAGUUGAGUUGAUGCCAAAGAGCUCCAUUUUGGUCUCAUCUGACCACAACACUUACACCCAGUUCUCCUCUGAAUCAUUCAGAUGUUCAUUGGCAAACUUCAGACGGGCAUGUAUAUGUGCUUUCUUGAGCAGGGGGACCUUGUAGGCGCUGCAGGAUUUCAGUCCUUCACGGCGUAGUGUGUUACCAAUUGUUUUCUUGGUGACUAUGCUCCCAGCUGCCUUGAGAUUAUUGACAAGAUCUUCCCGUGUAGUUCUGGGCUGAUUCCUCACCGUUCUCAUGAUCAUUGCAACUCCACGAGGUGAGAUCUUGCAUGGAGCCCCAGGACGAGGGAGAUUGACAGUUAUUUUGUGUUUCUUCCAUUUGCGAAUAAUCGCACCAACUGUUGUCACCUUCUCACCAAGCUGCUUGGCGAUGGUCUUGUAGCCCAUUCCGGCCUUGUUUAGAUCUACAAUCUUGUCCUUGACAUCCUUGGAGAGCUCUUUGGUCUUAGCCAUGGUGGAGAGUUUGGAAUCUGAUUGAUUGAUUGCUUCUGUGGACAGGUGUCUUUUAUACAGGUAACAAGCUGAGAUUAGGACCACUCCCUUUAAGAGUGUGCUCCUAACCUCAGCUCGUUACCUGUAUAAAAGACACCUGGGAGCCAGAAAUCUUUCUGAUUGAGAGGGGGUCAAAUACUUAUUUCCCUCAUUAAAAUGCAAAUCAAUUUAUAACAUUUGACAUGCGUUUUUUCUGGAUUUUUUUGUUGUUAUUCUGUCUCUCACUGUUUAAAUAAAUCUACCAUUAAAAUUAUAGACUGAUCAUUUCUUUGUCAGUGGGCAAACGUACAAAAUCAGCAGGGAAUCAAAUACUUUUUUCCUUCACUGUAUCUAUGAAUGUCUGGUUUGUCAAUAUGUAACUGUAUAGUUGAAUUGCAGGUGUUGGUGGACCUCAGUAACAACCUGAGGAAGAAUCAGUACCCAGAGGCCAAUGCGGAGUACCUGCAAAGGUGAGAGCUAUACAGUGUGUUGUUGUUAUUAUGUGUAUGUUUUUUUGUUAAUUAGGAAUGUUUUUAUAUGUUGAUGUGUAUCUACAGUAUGUGUAUGUUGCUGUACUGUAAAUGUGGAUAUAUGUACCUGAGCAGCCUGGUCCCUGGAGCUGAGGUGGUUAAAGGAUUCAACACCCUGUCUGCCUGGGCUCUGCAGAAUGGACCUUCAGAUGCCAACAGACAGGUACACAAAUGAGGUUCAAGCCAUGUCCAUGAAACCAAUGAACUACUAGAUUAAAGUAUAUAUACACUACAUGAACAAAAGUAUGUGGACACCUGCUCGUCGAACAUCUGAUUCCAAAAUCAUGGGCAUUAAUAUGGAGUUGGUCCCCCCUUUGCUGCGAUAACAGCCCCCACUCUUCUGGGAAGGCUUUACACUAGAUGUUGGAACAUUGCAGCGGGGACUUGCUUCCAUUCAGCCACAAGAGCAUUAGUGAGGUCGGACACUGAUGUUGGGCAAUUAGGCCUGGCUCGCAGUCGGUGUUCCAAUUCACCCCAAAGGUGUUCAAUGGGGUUAAGGUCAGGGCUCUGUGCAGGCCAGUCAUGUUCUUCCACACCGAUCUCGACAAACCAUUUCUGUAUGGACAUCGCUUUGUGCACAGGGACAUUGUCAUACUGAAACAGGAAAGGGCCACAAAGUUGGAAGCACAGAAUCGUCUGGAAUGUCAUUGUAUGCUGUAGCGUUAAGAAUUCCCUUCACUGGAUCUAAGGGGCCUAGCGCGAACCGUGAAAAACAGCCCCAGACCAUUAUUCCUCCUCCACCAAACGUUACAGUUGGAACUAUGCAUUGGGGCAGGUAGCAUUCUCCUGGCAUCCGCCAAACCCAGAUUUGUCCGUCGGAGUGCCAGAUGGUGAAGCAUGAUUCAUCACUCCAGAGAAAGCUCCAGAGUCCAAUCGCAGCGAGGUUUACACCACUCCAGCCGACGCUUGGCAUUGCGCAUGAUGAUCUUAGGCAUUUGUGCGGCUGCUCGGUCAUGAAAACCCAUUUCAUAAAGCUCCCGACGAACAGUUAUUAUGCUGACGUUGCUUCCAGAGGCAGUUUGGAACUCAGUAGUGAGUGUUGCAACCGAGGACAGAUGAUUUUUACGCGCUACGCACUUCAGCACUCAGCGGUCUCGUUCUGUGAGCUUGUGUAGCCUACCACGUUGCGGCUGCGCCGUUGUUGCUCCUAGAUGUUUCCACUUCACAAUAACAGCACUUACAGUUGAACGGGGCAGCUCUAGCUGGGCAGAAAUUUCACGAACUGACUUGUUGGAUAGAUGGCAUCCAAACGCGGUGCCACUUUGAGAGUCACUGAGCUCUUCAGUAAGGCCAUUCUACUGCCAAUGUUUGUCUAUGGAGAUUGCAUGGCUGUGUGCUUGAUUUUAUACGCCUGUCAGCAACGGGUGAGGCUGAAAUAGCCGAAUCCACUCAUUUGAAGGGGUGUCCACAUACUUUUGUAUAUUUAGUUUAUACACAGUGCCUUCAGAAAGUAUUCACAAACCUUGACUUUUUCCACAUUGUUGUGUUACAGCCUGAAUGUAAAAUGUAUUACAUUUAGAUGUUCUCUCACUGGCCUACACACAAUACCCAAUAAUGUCAAAGUGGAAUUAUGUUUUUCAAAUAUUUUACAAAUUAAUAAAAAAUGAAAAGCUUAAAUAUCUUGAGUCAAUAAGUAUGUAGGGACACCAUCCAAAGUGUAAUUAAUAACUUCACCAUGCUCAAAGGGAUAUUCAAUAUCUGCUUUUUUUUUUUACCCAUCUACCAAUAGGUGCCCUUCUUUGCGAGGCAUUGGAAAACCUCCCUGGUCUUUGUGGUUGAAUCUGUGUUUGAAAUUCACUGCUCGACUGAAGAACCUGACAGAUAAUUGUAUGUGUGUGGUACAGAGAUGAGGUAGCAAUUCAAAAAUCAUGUUAAACACUAUUAUUGAGUCCAUGUGACCUAUUAUGUGACUUGUUCAGCAUAUUUUUACUUGUUUAGGGUUGCCAUAACAAAGGGGUUGAAUACUUAUUGACAACACAUUUCAGCUUUUCAAUUUGUGUAAACUUUUUAACAUUUCUAAAAACAUAAUUCUACUUUGACAUUAUGGGGUUUUGUGUAUACAGAAUCUCAAUUUAAUCCAUUAUACAUGCAGGUUGUAACACAACAAAAUGUGUAAAAAGUCAAGGGGUGUGAAUAAUUUCUGAAUCCACUGUACAUGUUGACUGUCAGCAUGUUGAUUUUACUUUCUCUCCUCUGUGCUGAAUAAGAACAGCUUCAUUCUGGAGCUAGAAACCUGUACUGUUUAUCCUCUGUAAAGAGAAGCAUAUAAAAGCAUGCACACACACGUUAACACACACACACCAGACCUGAGCAAAUGUUUUUGUAUUUUAUUUGAAAAUACCAACUUUUCAAAUACUUUAGGUAGUUGAAUAUUGAGUUUUCAAAGGCAAUACUUUCUUUGACAUUGUCUUUCAGAAAACCAAAUCAUAUUUGAAGGUAUUUUGAAUACUUCUCAGAAAACCAAAUAAUAUCAGUUAUUUGAAAAGAAACAAAAAAAUCUUUAUUUGAUGGCUGCCAAAUAUAAACUACAACAGUUAGUUAAUUAGUCCAAAUACAGUCAGGUCAAUAUUUUAUUGGCACGCUUGAGCACAUUUUCUUUGCAAAAUAGACUGUAGAAAAUAAAGAAUUCAAUUACUAAGCUAUAUUAUAUGCAACAAAAAUGGGAAAUUAUAUUAUUGUAUACUAAUACAAUUGCUCAGACAAAGUAAUUUUUAACAAAUCUGAAAAAGAUAGGGUUCAAAAUUAUUGGCACCCCUGUUUUCAAUACUCUAGCACCUUCCCCUUGCAAGGAUAAUGACAAUGAGCCAUUUUCAAAAAUGUUUUAUGAGUUAAAGAACAUUAAGUUAGCUGGCUAGCCAGUUCAAAUAAUGACCAUAUCAUAUACAGUGCCUUGCAAAAGUUUUCAUCCCCCUUGGUGUUUUUCCUAUUUUGUUGCAUUACAACCUGUAAUUUUAAUGGAUUUUUAUUUGGAUUUCCUGUAAUGGACAUACACAAAAUAAUCAAAAUUGGUGAAGUGAAAAUAAAUAAAUAACUUGUUUAAAAAAAUUCUAAAAAAUAAAUAACGGAAAAGUGGUGCGUGAUUAUGUAUUCACCCCCUUUGCUAUGAAGCCCCUAAAUAAGAUCUGGUGCAACCAAUUACCUUCAGAAGUCACAUAAUUAGUUAAAUAAAGUCCACCUGUGUGCAAUCUAAGUGUCAAAUGAUCUGUCACAUGAUCUCAGUAUAUAUACACCUGUUCUGAAAGGUGUCUGCAACACCACUAAGCAUGGGGCACCACCAAGCAAGUGGCACCAUGAAGACCAAGGAGCUCUCCAAACAGGUCAGGGACAAAGAUGUGGAGAAGUAUAGAUCAGGGCAGGGUUAUAAAAAAAUAUCAAAUAUCCUUAACGUUGAACAUCCCAAAGAGCGCCAUUAAAUACAUUAUUAAAAAAUGGAAAGAAUAUGGCACCGCAACAAAUCUGCCAAGAGAGGGCCACCCACCAAAACUCACGGACCAGGCAAGGAGGGCAUUAAUCAGAGGCAACAAAGAGACCAAAGAUAACCCUGAAGGAGCUGCAAAGCUCCACAGCGGAGAUUGGAGUAUCUGUCCAUAAGACCACUUUAAGCCGUACACUCCACAGAGCUGGACUUUACAGAAGAGUAGCCAGAAAAAAGCCAUUGCUUAAAGGAAAAAAUAAGCAAACACAUUUGGUGUUCGCCAAAAGGCAUGUGGGAGACUCCCCAAACAUAUGGAAGAAGGUACUCUGGUCAGAUGAGACUAAAAUUGAGCUUUUUGGCCAUCAAAGAAAACGCUAUGUCAUCACCCCGAGAACACCAUCCCCACAGUGAAGCAUGGUGGUGGCAGCAUCAUGCUGUGGGGAUGUUUUUCCAUCGGCAGGGACUGGGAAACUGGUCAGAAUUGAAGGAAUGAUGGAUGGCGCUAAAUACAGGGAAAUUGUUGAGGGAAACCUGUUUCAGUCUUCCAUAGAUUUGAGACUGUGACGGAGGUUCACCUUCCAGCAGGACAAUGACCCUAAGCAUACUGCUAAAGCAACACUUGAGUGGUUUAAGGGGAAACAUUUGACUUAAAGAUUGUUAGACACCAGCGGAACCCAUUCAACUUGAAGGAGCUGGAGCAGUUUUGCCUUGAAGAAUGGCCAAAAAUCCCAGUGGCUAGAUUUGCCAAGCUUAUAGAGACAUACCCCAAGAGACUUGCAGCUGUAAUUGCUGCAAAAGGUGGCUCUAAAAAGUAUUGACUUUUGGGGGGGUGAAUAGUUAUGCAUGCUCAAGUUCUGAUUUUUUGUCUUAUUUCUUGUUUGUUUCACAAUAAAAAAUAUUUUGCAUCUUCAAAGUGGUAGGCAUGUUGUGUAAAUCAAAUGAUACAAACCCCCCCCAAAAAACAAUUUUAAUUCCAGGUUGUAAGGAAACAAAAUAGGAAAAAUGCCAAGGGGGGUGAAUACUUUCGCAAGCCGCUGUAGCUGACAACAUCUUCACUUUAGCUCAUUUGUCUGACAACAUCUUCACUUUAGCUCAUUUGUCUUCAUUAUUACAGGAAAAUACACUCACAACAAGAUCUUUAUUUACAAGUUGGUGAGCCAAUUACAGAAAAUAGCUUACAGUUGUGAGUGUGACUAAAUAAAAGCAGGGCAUUCUACCGGAGCAUUUUAGAACUUGGACAAUGUCUCGUUGGCCUAACAUUAUACCCUAAGUUGACUUUGGUGUAGGUCAUGUUCUUCACAUUACCGUCUCUGGUAAACACAUACUAUAUCAAAUAAAAUCAAAGUUUAUUUGUCACAUGCACAGGAUACAAAAGGAGUAGUGAAAUGGUUACUUGCAUAGUGGAGUCUUUUGUUUAGACAUGUAGCUAGCUAGUCAGCUAGCUAACUAAACAUUGAACCAUAAUCCAAACUCAUAAAGUCACUACCCUGCAUGAAUCUGCAGGUAGCUAACCAACCAGGUUCAAUGUUAGCUAGCUAGCUAACGUUAGGCUAUAACUAGCAAUGCAAAUGUAUCUGAGAUACGAAUAAUAUUACUACACAGAUCAUACACGUAACGUUCGCUAGCUAGCGAGCCAGCCAGCUAACGUUAGCUAGCUAUCUAACAGUCCACUUUAACUUGAAAUGAAAACAACUUUCUGACAGGCCCUGUAGACCCCAGUAUCACUUCUACUCCCCAGGCGCUAUCAAUUGUUGACUUCUGUAACUGUAAAAGCCUUGGUUUCUUGCAUGUUAACAUCAGAAGCCUCCUCCCUAAGUUUGAGUUAUUCACCGCGUUAGCACACUCCGCCAACCCUGAUGUUCUAGCAGUGUCUGAAUCCUGGCUUAGGAAGGCCACCAAAAAUUCAGAAAUUUGCAUCCCCAACUACAAUAUUUUCUGUCUAGAUAGAACUGCCAAAGGGGAUGUAGUUGCAAUCUACUGUAGAGAUAGCCUGCAGAGCUCUAUCAUACUAUCCAGGUCUGUGGCCCAAAGAGUUUGAGCUUCUACUUCUAAAAAUCCACCUUUCCAGAAAUAAGUCUCUCACUGUUGUCGCUUGCUACAGCCCCCCCUCAGCCCCCAGCUGUGCCCUAGACACCAUAAGUGAAUUGAUUGCCCCCCAUAUCCUCAGACUUCGUACUGCUUGGUGACCUAAACUGGGAUAUGCUUAACGCUCCGGCCGUCCUACAAUCUAAACUAGAUGCCCUCAAUCUCACACAAAUUAUCAAGGAACCUACCAGGUACAACCCUAAAUCCGUAAACAUGGGCACCCUCAUAGAUAUCAUCCUGACUAAUUUACCCUCUAAAUACACCUCCGCUGUCUUCGGCCAGGAUCUCAGCAAUCACUGCCUCAUUGCCUGCAUCCGUAAUGGGUCCGCGGUCAAACGACCACCCCUCAUCACUGUCAAACGCUCCCUAAAACACUUUAGCGAGCAGGCCUUUCUAAUUGACCUGGCCCGGGUAUCCUGGAUGGAUAUUGACCUCAUUCCGUCAGUAGAGGAAUGUUAGUUGUUCUUUAAAAGUGCUUUCCUCUCCAUCUUAAAUAAGCAUGCCCCAUUCAAAAGAUGCAGAACUAAGAACAGAUAUAGCCCCUGGUUCACUCCAGACUUGACUGCCCUUGACCAGCACAAAAACAUGCUGUGGCGUACUGCAUUAGCAUCGAACAGCCCCCGCGAUAUGCAACUUUUCAGGGAAAUCAGGAACCAAUAUACAUAAUCAGUUAGGAAAGCAAAGGUUAGCUUUUUCAAACAGAAAUUUGCAUCCUGUAGCACUAACUCCAAAAAGUUUUGCGACACUAAAGUCCAUGGAGAAUAAGAGCACCUCCUCCCAGCUGCCCACUGCACUGAGGCUAGGAAACACUGUCACCACCGAUAAAUCUACGAUAAUCGAGAAUUUCAACAAGCAUUUUGCUACAGCUGGCCAUGCUGUCCACCUGGCUACCCCUACCCCGGCCACCAGCUCUGCACCCACUGCUGCAACUUGCCCAUGCCCCCCCCCCCCCCCGCUUCUCCUUCGCCCAAAUUCAGACAGCUGAUGUUCUGAAAGUCCUGCAAAAUCUGGACCCCUACAAAUCAGCUGGGCUAGACAAUCUGGACCCUUUCUUUCAUAAAUUAGCCGCCGAAAUUGUCGCAACCCCUAUUGCUAGCCUGUUCAACCUCUCUUUCGUAUCGUCUGAGAUCCCCAGAGAUUGGAAAGCUGCCGUGGUUAUUCCCCUCUUCAAAGGGGGUGACACUCUAGAUCCAAACUGUUACAGACCUAUAUCCAUUCUGCCCUGCCUUUCGACAGUAUUUGAAAGCCAAGUUAACAAACAGAUCACUGACCAUUUCGAAAAUCACCGUACCUUCUCCGCUAUGCAAUCUGGUUUCCGAGCUGGUCAUGGGUGCACCUCAGCCACGCUCAAGGUCCUAAGCGAUAUUAUAACAGUGAUUGAUUAAAAAAAAACAGUACUGUGCAGCCGUCUUCAUCGACCUGGCCAAGGCUUUCGACUCUGUCAAUCACCACAUUCUUAUUGGCAGACUAGAUAGCCUUGGUUUCUCAAAUGACUGCCUCGCCUGGUUCACCAACUACUUCUCAGAUAGAGUUCAAUGUGUCAAAUCGGAGGGCCUGUUGUCUGGAGGGCAGUCUCUAUGGGGGUGCCACAGGGUUCAAUUCUCGGGCCGACUCUAUUCUCUGUGUAUAUCAAUACCCACCAUUGUGACCUGUACGCUCUCGUUGGCUGGCCCUCACUACAUAUUCGUCGCCAAACCCACUGGCUCCAGGUCAUCUAUAAAUCACUGCUAGGCAAAUCCCCGCCUUAUCUUAGCUCAUUGGUCACCAUACCAACACCCAUCCGUAGUAUGCGCUCCAGCAGGUAUAUCUCACUGGUCAUCCCCAAAGCCAACACCUCCUUUGGCCGCCAUUCCUUCCAGUUCUCUGCUGCCAAUGACUGGAAUGAACUGCAAAAAUCUCUGAAGCUGGAGACUUAUCUCACUCACUAACUUUAAGCAUCAGUUGUCAGAGCAGCUUACCGAUCACUGCAGCUGUACACAGCCCAUCUGUAAUUAGCCCACCCAACUACCUCAUCCCCAUAUUGUUAUUUAUUUUUCUCAUUUGCACUCCAGUAUCUCUAUUUGCACAUCAUCUUCUGCACAUCUAUCACUCCAGUGUUAAUACUAAAUUGUAAUUAUUUUGCACUAUGGCCUAUUUAUUGCCUUACCUCCAUAACUUACUACAUUUGCACACACUGUAUAUAGAUUUUCUAUUGUGUUUUUGACUGUACGUUUUGUUUAUCCCAUAUGUAACUCUUUGUUGUUGUUGUUUUUAAUCGCACUGCUUUGCUUUAUCUUGGCCAGGUCGCAGUUGUAAAUGAUAACUUGUUCUCAACUGGCUUACCUGGUUAAAUAAAGGUAAAAAAAUAAAUAAAAAUAAACGUAUAACAUGUGAAAAUGUAGCUAGCUAGACUAUCUUACCCGUAUACAUGGAUGGACGCUUCUCCCUGUCUGUCACGGAUGCCAUGGUUGCCCUUAGUUUGAAGAUGUAAUCCGGAGACAGGUGUUUUAUACAACAGCCUUCUGGGUGUUCUCUUUUCGACUCCUGCAUAUUUGCAAUCAAACGGCAGAAUUUCUUCUUAGCGAUCAUCAUCUAAUUCCACAGGGCACAUUCCACUGAUUUCAAAACUCGGUCCUCCAGAAAGUAGAGAACAACACUUUUGCAGUUCUACUACGUGAUAUCUUUCAAAAAAGCAGCGUUAGAAAGGAUUACCUACACAUACUGGCCAGCUCAUGUUAUAGACAGAAGCGUCCUACAUGGCAACCAAUCCGAACUCAUCUCUCGGCAUGUCCAGCCCAUCCAUUAUCUCAGCCAAUCAUGGCUAGGGGGAAGGUUCCUGUCUUUUUCCGUACCUAAACCAACUUGGCUCGUAAUUUAACAAUUGUAUUUGUAUUUACAGAUGGCAUACAAGUUUGUUAUUAAGGCACAUGAAAGUUCAUAUGUUCCAGAAGGCAUUUCUGCCACAAAACUAUUAUUAUUUUUUUUUGUUUGUUUGUUUACAAUCAAAUGCCUCUCCUGUGAAGUAGUGACGUGUGACGUAUGCCUAGUGUCCUGAAACUAGUCAAAUAUUGGGUUUGAAGUACUUUUCUGCAUAUGCUUGUUUUUCAACACCAAAUCUACAACGUCAUCUGACAAAAGCACCUGUACCAAUCAAAGUGCCAAUGCCAUUUUGCAAACUCCAGGCAUUUACAUUUUUUUUUAACAGGCUCAGUGUCGUUAUCCUCGCAAAGUGAGCUAUUGAAAGGUAUUGAAAACAGGGGUGUCAAUAAUUUUGACCCGUACCUUUAAAAGAUUUUUGUAUUACUUGUUAAAUAAAAAAUAUUUCUCUGAGCACUUGUAUUAGUAUAAAAUAAUAUAAUUUCCCACAUUUCUGGAGCAUACAAUAUAGCUCAGUAUUUGAAAAAUAUUAUUUUAUAUAGGCAUUUUUGCUCCUUUAUCAAGGGUGUCAAUAAUUUCAGACCCCACUGUAUGUAUAUGUAUAUAUCCCCACAUAUAUGUCAGGUGUAUAUCUGUGGGGAAAGUGCGGAGGCCAAGCAAGCGGUGAUGGCGGUAGCCACCAAGCUGGGUUUCAGUGCCCUGGACCGGGGCUCUCUCUCAGCAGCCUGGGAGCUGGAGGACUUCCCCUUGCAGCUGUUCCCCCAGUGGAGGCUCCCCCUGCGCAUCGCCAUCGGCCUCUGUGCUGCCUUCUUCUUCUACCUGCUGAUCAGAGACAUCAUCUACUCAUACAUCACCCAGGGCAAAGACAUCUCCUUCAGAAUCAUGGUAUCACUGGCCAACAAGGUACUGGCCCACAGGCCCUCUGAGUGUUUGUGUUCUGUUUGUUUCUGUGUGUAUUACCAGCUGUUCAAGGUGUGUGUGUGUGUUCUCUCCAGGUGUGUCCCAUCGUGUCUCUGAUCAUGCUGUCUCUCUGUUACCUGCCUGGUGUCCUGGCUUCCUUCCUGCAGCUCUACAGAGGUACCAAGUACAGGUCAGACGUGUGUGUGUAUGUAUGGGAGUGUGUUUGCAUACAAUGUUGCGUACGUAUGUACACUACAUGACCAAAUGUAUGUGGAAACCUGCUUGUUGAACAUCUCAAUCCAAAAUCAUGGGCAUUAAUAUGGAGUUGGUCCCACCUAUGCUGCUAUAACAGCCUCCAAUCUUCUGGGAAGGCUUUCCACUAGAUGUUGGAACAUUGCUGCGGGGACUUGCUUCCAUUCAGCCACAAGAGCAUUAGUGAGGUCGUCACUGAUGUUGGGCGAUUAGGCCUGGCUAGCAGUCAGCGUUCCAAUUCAUCCCAAAGGUGUUCCAUGAGGUUAAGAUCAGGGCUCUGUGCAGGCCAGUCAAGUUCUUCCACACCGAUGCCGACAAACCAUUUCUGUACGGACCUCGCUUUGUGCACAGGGGCAUUGUCAUGCUGAAACAGGAAAGGGCCUUCCCCAAACUGUUGCCACAACGUUGGAAGCAGAAUGUAAUUGUAUGCUGUAGCGUUAAGAUUUUCCUUCACUGGAACUAAGGGGCCUAGCCCGAACCAUGAAAAACAGCCCCAGACCAUUAUUCCUCCUCCACCAAACUUUAUAGUUGGCGCUAUGCAGUCGGGCAGGUAGAGUUAUCCUGGCAUCCGCCAAACUCAGAUUUGUUCGUCGGACUGCCAGAUGGUAAAGCGUGAUUCUUCACUCCAGAGAAUGCGUUUCCACUGCUACAGAGUCGAAUGGCGGCGAGCUUUACACCACUCCAGCCGACCCUUGGCAUUGCAAAUGGCUUCAGCACUCGGCGGUCCCGUAUUGUGAGCUUGUGUGGCCUACCAUAUCGCGGCUGAGCCGUUGUUUCUCCUAGACAUUUCCACAUCACAAUAACAGCACUUAAAGUUGACAUGGGCAGCUCAAUUAGGGCAGAAAUUUGACUAACUGACUUGUUGGAAACGUGGCAUCCUAUGAAAGUGCCACGUUGAAAGUCACUGAGAUCUUAAGUAAGGUAAUUCUACUGCCAAUGUUUGUCUAUGGAGAUUGCAUAGCUGUGUGCUCGAUUUUAUACACCUGUCAGUAAAAGGGGUGUCCAUAUUGUACUUAUGUUGAUUAUAAGUGUUUAUGUAUGUUUAACAUCAGGCGCUUCCCUGAUUGGCUGGACCGCUGGAUGCUGUGCAGGAAACAGCUGGGUCUACUGGCGCUGGGGUUUGCCUUUCUGCACGUGCUCUAUACACUGAUCAUACCCAUACGGUCAGUGGAGCACACACUCAAAUGUACACAAACACGCAUGCGCGCACACACAGUGAAAUGUAUCUUCCUUUGGUUUUUAGUAAAGAAAGCAUUGAUUUUGUUCCCAGGUACUAUGUGAGGUUCAAGUCCACUGAACGCACUGUCUCUCUGGUAAGAACACCUACCUAGCUUUAAGGCCAAAGUAAACACUUUCAAAACAGUGAACAUUGGAUAGACAAAAUUGUGUACAAUUCUUAAUUUCAUCGCUCUGUUGUCACUGAAAAUGUUCCUGCAUUGCAGGAUUGACAUAAAUUCAUGCUAAUACAUGGUUCUAUUAAAGAGAUUCUCCUGAACUUUUGUAUACUUUUUAGGCAGUAGUUCUGAAAGUAGCCCUCAUCAGCCAAAAGUGGUCCCCGAAAACGCAUACUAUGUCACAUAUGUGCAGAUAUGUGCACCACAUCAUUGCUUACUCUCUGUCUCUGCUGUGACCACUGAACCAUUAGGCCCGCCCUGCAACCUCAUUGGUUAAUGCUGGGCAGGCCACUUGCUAACUGUCACUCAAAUGCGAGGGGCAGAAACUUUUUGGCUAGAACUCAAAUUGCUAGGGGGCUGGUCCACAUGGGGGAAAUGUAGGGAAAAUGGUGCGGCACAGCUUCAAGAAAACAGUCACUUUCAAACUAAGUAUUUCAUGGCUAAUCAAGGUAAGAAAGUAAUUAUUCUCAUAGAUUAUGAAUGUAUGAACUACACAUUGAGACAUCCAGCCCAAAGCAGGAGGUUAAAAAAAUAUUUUCUUAGUCGCCAAUGCACCAGAGCAUAUUUUAACAGUAUAGCACUUUUAAUGUAGCCUAAUUUUGGCCAGCUAAUAGCCUAACCACCAAUCAAGUAACAUUACAUCGCCUGAAAAGUGUGAACGGACUAAACGUUCAAAUGCUGUUGCUGCAGAAUUAUUUUGCUGUGACACAAUACUGGUCAUAUUAAGAUCAAACAUAGGUACAUUGGACACACACCUACAGUAUAUAGCAGGAUUCAGGCACUGGUUUUGAUUAUAAACACUGGUUUACGCCUCUCUCUUGCUCUCACUCUCUCUUUUUCUCUCUCUCUCAGAUCAGAGAGAACAGGACCACUGAGUUUGAUACCACAAUGGCCUGGCGUGGCGACUCCUACUUAUCCCUGGGAAUUCUGGGAUUUGGCCUGUACGUCCUGUUAGGAAUCACAUCUCUUCCCUCCGUCAGUAACGCUCUCAGCUGGAGGGAGUUCAGCUUCGUACAGGUGGGAUCACCAGGACUGGACACACUGAAUGCUUAGACCAGACACUAAUUCUAGGCACUAAUUUUCUGCCCAUUUUUACUAGCGAUGGGGGAAUAAAUCGAUACAGUUACAUAUCGCAAUAUUAUUUUGGACGAUAUUAUAUUGAUACUUUGACUCCCAUGUAUCGAUUCGUUUUUUUUGCUAGGUAGCGUUAGCUAGCACUAGUUGGCUGCAGUGGCGGUUCUAGACCAUUUCAACUGGGGGGGCCAGUUACAUUAGACAUUAUUGUUGUCAUAUUGUUUUCUUCCCUGCAUUGCAGGCAUUAAUAGGCAAAAGACCAUGUUUAUAAUCAUUCAACAAUUUUUAUUUGCAUUAUUUUUACAUUUGCAUUACAUAUUCAGUAUCAGUUACAUCAACUGUAUUCUACGUUUUUUGUGGUUUCUUGCAAAAAGAUCAGCAAAUUAAUCUAGAUUCAAGGCCUUUGCCCUCCUUGACUCAACACACCUAAAUUGCUUAAUCUCUCAUCUGACAUUGUGGACCUAAGAUACGUUUUCACCAGCUUUAGUGCAGAAAAACUCUUCACAAGAAGUGGUACUAACAGGGAUUGAAACAGCUAUUUUGCAGUUUAAAGAGCUCAAAGAAAACAUCUUUAUGAGGCUCAAUGAAUAAUGCUAGCUCUACUACACUGGAGGGUCUCUGCAUGCCACUCUGUAUUUUCCUUUGUAACAACCUUCUGGACUUAUGUAGUUCAUGCCCCAAGUCCUCAAUAUUUGAUUCAUACAUUCUAGCAAAUGGAAACAGUGACUUCUUUUUGAGACAUGCAUCACUUUUGGGGUUUAAAGUUUGGAUGCCAUUCAUUAUGUCACAGUUUUUGCUAGAGAACCUUCUGUUAAGCUCAUCUGAUCUAAGACAAGGUAGAAAAAGGUUGUAAGAAAACUGUCUUUAUCUAUUUCUGAAUCUGACCUCCUGUACUGAGUACACAGUCUCCAUUAAAUUGAGAGCUUAGCUUUUUUGGUCGUUUUGCAGGGGGCUGUAUUGCAGUUUCACAUUGCUCAGCUGUGUUCAACACUUAAUUCCAUAGGUCAUCAAAAAUUGACUCAUCCCUGUAGUCAUUAAAAGUUUGAACUAAGGCUUCAACUAAAUCAACAGCCUUUGACAGGUCAAGUGAUGAAGACUGUAGCAUAUCUGAUAGAAAUGUUGCUUCUCCAAAAACUUUAUGGAGCGUAACAAGGCACACAAUGAAUUGUAAAUCCAUCUGUGCAAGCAGACCUCGUGCCAACAGAUCUGUCACCAUUGUGUUCUUGGACUAUGUCUUGCAGGACUCGCUUAAUGGCAGGCAAUCUAUCCAUAAUAGUAUGUAGAGCCAUAUAUUGACAUGCCCAGCGAGUGUCACUUAGUCUCUGAAGCGCUCUAGGUGCACCUAGGUACAUCUCUCUUUGUACGCUAAGCCAUUUUUGAUGCACAUAUGACCCAGAUGUGAAGACAUACAGUCUUUCUAGUAAGGAGAAGAACUGUCCUACCUCAGGGACAGGUUUGACUGUAUCCACUAAAACUAAGUUUAGACAGUGUGCACUGCAGUGGAUGUAAAAGGCAUGCUUUGCUUGUUCUUUAAUGCAUGCUUGGAUGCCUGAAUGCUUGCCACUCAUAACUGAAGCACCGUCAUAUGCUUGGCCUACUAGGUUGUUUUUGUAUUCGAGACCAUGACUUUCUAAUAUGUGUAUGAUUUUGUCAGUAAGCCCUGCUGCAUCUAGUUGAUCAGCCGAUUCAAAGUGGAGAAAGCUCUCAUGGACAGCUCCACUGAAAUAGUACCUGAGUACUAGAGAUAUCUUCUCCUUUUUUUUUUUUACAUCUUUUGUUUCGUCUGCCAUUAUGCUAAAGACCUCACUGUCUUUCACUUCUUCUAUAAUUUUUGUUCGAACCAUGUCUGCCAAACAACUCAGAACGUCAUUCUGAAUCCCUUUGCUUGUGUAUUUUGCAUUAUGAAUGGAAGUCAACCUUUUUUUCACAGUUGUGUCAUGCUUAGCUAUUGUUUCUAGGAUUGCCAUGAAGUUCCCUUUAUUAUCAGACUCUGCAAACUCAUCGUGUCCUCUUUGUGCAAUGUUUUGAGUGGCUGUAAGUAGUAGUAUUUCUAUUGUUUUAAUAUAGUCCCGAUUUUCUUGAACCUGUUUGUUGUGUUCCUUGUUUAGGGCAUUUACCAGCGUUGCAUUACUUUUUACCGCUUUCUGAUAGUCUCUCCAUGUAAUCAUUGCUUGUUUGUGCCGCUCAGACCUUGCAUGAAUUGCAAAUCCCCCCCUCUUUGUAAGUUGCCUUCUUCCAGUUGUUAAAACCCAAUUUUGAAUCAAAUACAGUCUCAGACUCUGGGAGGGCUAAAAUGCCUGCAGGCGUAACAAAACACAGAGUCUGAUUUUUUUUAAAUAUUCAAGCCAGGUGUGGAUGUUGUACCAGGCCGCCUUGAAGCUCCUCCUCCUGUCCCCCAUCAGAGUUAUUGGGUACAUGUCCAUCACUGGCUGGUCCUCACGGAAUUUGCUGAUAUCUGUCGAAGAAAACAAAACUAUAAUUAAAAGUAUCUAUUUGGGUAAUUUUAGACACAUACCAUAGCCAUCAGACAACUUCUGAAAUCCAUCUGAUAUCUGUAUCACAUGCCCCAAUAGCAUGUUAAAUGAGAUCAUUAAUUUCAAUCAUAAACCAACACAUUUCUAUACACCAUAUAAAAUGGACUAAUUGCACUGCUUUACAAGUAACCACAGAUUUAUUCAACAUCCCAAAGCUGAUGGCCCACUGCUUGUGGACGCACAUGGCUCCUCUGUAGGUGUCUCACCUCUACGUCCCCCUCAGCCUCAGUCUCUCCAUCUGUCUCACUUUCCUGCUCUACUAUGCCUUCUGUCUGACUUUCUGCCUUGUUUUUUCUUUGGAAGAAGGACAUGUCCUUUUUUCUAUUCAUUUGGUGGACUACAGCGCAAGGGGACAGACGACUGCACCGUAUUGAGGGGAGGAUGGAUGGGGCAUGUAUCGCGAGAUCUUGGCCAACAACCUUCUUCCCACAGUAAGAGCAUUGAAGAUGGGUCGUGGCUGGGUCUUCCACCAUGACAACGACCCGAAACACACAGCCAGGGCAACUAAGGAGUGGCUCCGUAAGAAGCAUCUCAAGGUCCUGGAGUGGCCUAGCCAGUCUCCAGACCUGAACCCAAUAGAAAAUCUUUGGAGGGAGCUGAAAGUCCGUAUUGCCCAGCGACAGCCCCGAAACCUGAAAGAUCUGGAGAAGGUCUGUAUGGAGGAGUGGGCCAAAAUCCCUGCUGCAGUGUGUGCAAACCUGGUCAAGACCUACAGGAAAUGUAUGAUCUCUGUAAUUGUAAACAAAGGUUUCUGUACCAAAUAUUACGUUCUGCUUUUCUGAUGUAUCAAAUACUUAUGUCAUGCAAUAAAAUGCAAAUUAAUUACUUAAAAAUCAUACAAUGUGAUUUUCUGGGUUUUUGUUUUAGAUUCCGUCUCUCACAGUUGAAGUGUACCUAUGAUAAAAACAUUUCUCAAAGGACAAAAGGGCAGGUGCUCAGGCACCCUUAGACCUAUAUCUGUGCACGUGCCUGGUGUGUGUGUGGUUCAUGUGUUUGUGUUAUUUUCUCCCCCACCAGUCCAAGCUGGGUCACCUGACUCUGCUGUUGUGUACGGCUCACACCUACCUGUAUGGUUGGAACAAGUUCCUGCGUUCUUCCACCUACAAGUGGUAUACCCCACCGGGCUACAUGCUGUGUCUGGUCCUUCCCUCUGUGGUGCUGCUGCUCAAGCUGCUGCUCAUCACCCCCUGUGUGGACCGAACCAUCACCCGCAUACGCCAGGGCUGGGAGAGGGGGGCAGACCAGAGGAACCCUAAAGACAGCCAACCACUGAUCCCUUAG